GUUUUAUGCUACUGAGGUGGCCAAUUUAAUGCAUAAAAGUCCUUUCUUCAUUUUAAAAGAAUGAAAACUCAAGUACUUGUUUUCUUUAUUCUACUCUUUCCAGUGUACGGUCAGCAGAAAGCGUCUAGAGCGAACUAUGGCUUGUACUCCAACUUUUACGAUUUCCCUAAUUAUGAUGUUUCCACGACUGCACAAGGAUACAAUGUCAACGCAGCAGAUUUCGUCCAAACUAUUGCAGGAGUACACUUGUCUCUGCAUGCAAUUGGGAAUUCGAGCUUAUACGGUAAUCUAAUUCGAGAUUUAAUUGUUGACGUUAGUUUUGAAACAAACGAAAGGGUUCAUGUCAAAAUAUACGAUAGUGAGAAAAAACAAGUGGCUGUCCCGGAUUCACCUCUGGGUUUGGUACGACCUGCCAAACAGAAUGGAGGGGGUCAAAGAAGAGGCAACAAUAAUAAUUAUCAAUUUACUUAUAAAGAAACCCCAUUUAGUUUUCAAAUCAAGCGUAAGAGAGAUGGUGCUACUUUAUUUGAUACAGCCGGCCUACCGUUUGUUUUUGAAGAUCAGUACUUGGAAGUAUCAACCCACUUGCCAAUCAAUGGUACAAACAUAUACGGUUUCGGUGAAGCUUUGGCGCCAUUUAAGCGUACUCGUAACGUAACUACCCUGUUUGCAAGAGACUCACACGAUGUAUAUCAAAAUAUGUACGGUUCCCACACAUUUUAUAUGGAUAUUCGUAAAGGAGAUGGUGCAGCGCAUGGUACAUUUCUUUUAAAUGCGCAUGGUAUGGAUAUAAUCAAUACAGAGGAGCGUAUUACCUACAAGGCUAUAGGUGGUAUACUAGAUUUUUAUUUUUUUGUGCCUCAGGAUUCCAGACCUAAUUCAGUGGUCCAAGCCUAUACAACUUUGAUUGGCAAGCCCACCAUGCCUGCGCAUUGGAUGUUGGGUUACCAAAACUGCCGCUAUAAUUAUACCAGUAUCUCCCAUGUAGAAGAGGUUGUACAAAAACACAAAGACAACCAAAUUCCUCUUGAGGUUCAGUGGAUUGACAUUGAUUAUAUGGAUCAGAGAAAGGAUUUCACCUUUGAUCCUAUCCAAUUUCCUAGAGAAAAAAUGAUUGAAUUUUCAAAAUCUUUACAUGACAAUGGUCAGAAGCUUGUAUUGAUGGUAGACCCAGCCAUUCCAGUAGAUGCUAUGUAUGAGCCAUAUUUGACCGGCAAAGACAUGGAUGUGUUUGUAAAAAAUGUUGAUGGAUCGGAAUACAUAGGGCAAGUGUGGCCUGGCUACACUACUUUUCCUGAUUGGUGGCAUCCCAAUAUCACAAAGUAUUGGGAAAAAAAAAUAAUAGACUGGAUGGACCUGCUUAAACUAGAUGGCAUAUGGAUCGAUAUGAAUGAGCCAUCUUCAUUCUGUCUAGGAUCUUGUGGGUCUCUCAAUGAUUCCGCAAAACCUAACAUGGAGCCAUGGUUCAAUACAGAGGAGGAGCAAUUGAGGUUACACAUACUCCAAGAAUCCGCUUUAGAGGUUAUGGGACAACCUGCCGAAGAGGCAAGAAAUUUGUUAUAUCCAAGAUACGUCAUUAAUAACGGAGCUGGUAAUUUAUCAGAAAAGACUGUUGCGAUGACAGCUCAACAUUAUGGGAACAUUUCGCAUUAUGAUGUUCACAACUUAUAUGGACAUGCUGAAGGGUACAUCACUAGACAGGCUUUGUUGGCAUACAAUUCUUCUACACGUCCAUUUCUUUUAAGUCGCUCUACGUUUGCAGGUAGUGGAAGCUAUAUGGGACAUUGGACAGGUGAUAUCCAAUCAACAUGGCAGGAUAUGAAGGGAACUAUUGCAGAUAUCCUCAACUUUCAAAUGUUUGGUAUCAGUUUCUCGGGUGCAGAUAUCUGUGGCUUUGUAGGUGAUGCAACUGAAGAACUGUGUACGCGUUGGAUAGAAUUGGGUGCAUUAUACCCCUUUUCUCGCAUGCAUAACAAUGAUAGGUCUACCGACCAAGAGCCAUAUAUUUGGCAGAGCACAGCUGAAGCAAGUCGUAUCGCGCUAAGGAUUAGAUACAGUUUGUUGCCUUACUUAUAUACCUUAUUUGAAGAAUCAAAUCGAAUGGGUACGGGUGUAUGGAGACCUUUGUUUUUUGAAUAUCCGGAACACAUUGAUGUUUUUUCAAACAAUGACGAGCAAUUCUUAAUCGGAACUGAUAUAUUGGUAUCGCCUGUCUUGGUUGAAAACGCAGUUACUGUGAUUGCCCAAUUUCCUCCAGGUGUAUGGUACGAUUGGUAUGAUUACAGUAUUUUAAGAAAUCGGUCUGAAGAUAAUUUUUCCGUUACACUGGAUGCACCCUUAACACAUAUUCCAAUACAUAUUCGGGGAGGAGCCAUCAUGAUAACAAAAUCGCCUAAGCUACUUGUCAAAGACACUUUUAGUACCCCUUACGACCUUAUCAUAGCAUUAGAUGAAUACAAGCAAGCAUUCGGAAGACUUUAUAUAGAUGACGGAUUCUCUAUUAAUCCUGAAAGAAAGUCAAAUAUAAAUUUUAUCUUUACGGGCAACACAUUGACUGUGAAUGGUCAAUUUAAUUAUCAUGGCGCGGAGAGUAUUGGUAAAAUUACUAUAUUGACUCAAGGAGACUUGCAUUUUUUAAAUGCAACAAUCUACGGAAAAGAAUUCUUAACGACAAGAAUAAAAAACGUGCUUACAACAAUGACAGAUGGCACAAUCUUUCUUGAUCAAGGUUUUAGCAUGAAGUUUAGUUGAUGGUGUCAUCCAUAUUCCUCGUGUAACACAUGACAUCAUGUGAAGUAUGCAUUUUUUUCCCAAAUUUUAUAUUUCCUGUUUAUCUUC